AUGAGCGAUCAGGGCCAUUCAGAGGCCAGUAAAAUGGAGAGCGAGCAUGCUCAGUCGGAGAAUGGACUUGACGCGGGGCUAAACGGCGAGAAAACCGCGCAAGAUGACGGUAAAACCACCGAAAAUCUUGACGCAGAUGUAAAGCCUAAACCAGCGGGUUCUCUAGGAGAUUUGCCUGAGGAGCCUUCUAAUAGUAUCAAGACGGACCGCGAUGAUUUGAUCAAUGGCGAAAAUGCCGGACAAGAUGCUGGUGGACGUGCAGCGAGCGAAAAGGAUCAGGAAACCCAUGAGGACGGCAGUGCUGAAAAAGAGAGUGACGACAACGCGCAGGGGCCAGAAGGCAAAGAGAAUGACGGGAAUGAAGACGAGGACGACGAGGAUGAAGAUGAUGAAGACGAGGACGACGAUGAAGAAGGUCCUAGAAAGAAACAGCGGCGUGAACGGAACCGUUUCCUCGAUAUUGAAGCCGAAGUCAGUGAUGACGACGAAGACGAGGAAGACGAAGAAGAUUCAGAACUUGUUCGCGAAGGUUUCAUCACGCGUGGAGAUGAAGAGGACGAAGAAACCACAGGUCCCAACAGAGACGACAGAUUGCACAGACAACUGGAUCAGAACCUGAACAAAUCCUCAGAGGAAGACGCGCAGAAAUUGGCCAAGGAAUUACGGGAAAGAUAUGGGAGAAGCAGCUCAAAGCAAUAUCGGGCUGCUGCGCAGGACGGGUACGUUCCACAGCGUUUCUUGCUGCCCAGUGUUGACACGGCGACUAUCUGGGGUGUGCGGUGUAGACCUGGUAGAGAAAAGGAACUUGUUCGCAAGUUGUUGAAGAAGAAAUUCAAUUUGGACAAGUCUAUGGGUAACAAGAAACUCAAGAUCCUUGCCAUUUUCCAACGUGACAAUUACUCGGGCAGAAUCUACAUAGAAGCGCCCAAGCAGAGUGUGAUCGAAAAGUUCACAAAUGGUGUUCCAGACAUUUAUCCAUCACAAAAACUAUUGAUUCCAGUUCAGGAAUUACCACUUCUUUUGAAACCUGACAAGUCAGAUGAUGUAAAACUCGAAGAGGGAAGUUAUGUGCGUGUCAGACGUGGGAUCUACAAAGGCGACCUAGCGGUUAUUGACCAAAUCAGUGAAAACAAUCUCGAAGUCCUAUUGAAGAUUGUUCCUCGUCUUGAUUACGGCAAGUUUGAUGAGGUAGAUGAAAAAACGAAUACUCGGAAACAAAAAAGACCAGUCUUUGCCCAAAGGCCCCCUCCACAACUAUUUAAUCCCACAAUGGCGCUUAGAAUGGACCAAGCUAAUCUGUACAAGAGAGAUGACCGUCACUUCACGUACAGGAAUGAAGACUAUGUUGAUGGAUACUUGUACAAGUCGUUCAGGAUCCAAUAUCUGGAAACGAAAAAUAUCCAGCCCACAGUCGAGGAGCUGGCACGAUUCGGCACCAAAGAUGGGACGUUAGACUUGACAUCGAUUUCCCAGACGAUCAAAAAGGCUAAGGCCGCCAGAGUCAUGUUCCAGCCUGGUGACAGAGUCGAAAUUCUGAACGGUGAACAAAGAGGUUCGAGAGGUGUUGUAGCGAGGACUUCCACCGACAUCAUCGCCGUAAGAUUGCCACAGCUAGCUUCUAAAGCCUUGGAAUUUCCCGUAUCUUCUCUAAGAAAGAUUUUUGAGGCAGGUGACCACGUUACAGUAGUUGGCGGUGACCAUCAGGGAGACGCUGGUUUGGUGUUGGUGGUAAAGAAUGGACAAGUCACGUUUGUUUCUGAUCAGACGAGAGCCAAUUUGACCAUUACCGCCAACAACCUGACGAAAUCUAUGGACUCUACACCUACUUCAAGUGAAUAUGCGCUGCACGACAUAGUAGAAUUAAGCGCCAAAAAUGUGGCUUGUGUUAUUCAAGCAGGUCAUGACAUUUUCAAGAUUUUGGAUGACAACGGGAAGGUGUCAACGAUUACGAAAGGAUCCAUUCUACGGAAGAUCGAUUCAGCGCGUUCAAGGUCAACGACAGUCGACGCUCAAGGUAGAGAGAUCAAGAUCGGAGACACCAUUAGAGAGAAGGUCGGUGCUAGAAGAGAAGGUCAAGUUCUCUACAUCCAAACGCAGCAGGUUUUCGUCGUGUCCAAAAAAAUCACAGAAAAUGCCGGUGUGUUUGUUGUCAAUCCAAUGAAUGUUGAAGCUGUUGCUUCCAAAGAAAAUGUGCUAGCAGGCAUGAACAGUCUCGAUCUGUCCAAGAUGAAUCCAGACAUUGCAAACAAAAUGCGUCCUCCUCAAAAAGUGGAUAGUGCCAUACGUGGCGGUCGCGACGUUGCGCUUGGUAAGACCGUCAGAGUACGUGCUGCAGGCUAUAAAGGUCAGCUAGGUAUUGUCAAGGACGUAAACGGUGAAAAAGCCACUAUCGAGCUUCACUCUAAGAGCAAGAACAUAACUGUCGAUAAAAGAAAGCUCAUGUACUACAACAAAGAAGGUGGUGAUGGUAUAACCUAUGACGAGUUGGUAAACCGUCGCGGUAGAACACCCAGCAACAGAAUAGGGCCAAGUUAUGUCAGUACUCCUCGCAGCAUGGCUCCGCCGGUCAACGGAUCUGGUCCUUCGGGACCUGCGUUGGCAGGAGGCAUGACUCCUGGCUGGAAUUCCUUCGACGGAGGAAAAACUCCUGCAGUGACCGCUCACGGCGGUGGAGGCGCUUCUGCUUGGGGAGGAGCUUCCACUUGGGGUGGUCAAGGAGGCGGGGCAUCGACCUGGGGCGGCAACGGCGGUGCAUCCGCCUGGGGUGGCCAAGGCACUGGUGCUACAUCGACGUGGGGUGGUGCUUCCGCCUGGGGUAACAAAUCAACCUGGGGAGGAGCCUCUACGUGGGCGUCUGGAGGCGAAUCUGGCGCUACUUCGGCCUGGGGCGGCGGAGACAAAUCAAAUCACGGCAAUGCGUCUACGUGGGGUAAUCGCGACGGUGGAACUUCUACUUGGGGUGGAGGUGCUGCUGCCGGCGGAGGGAACUCGACGUGGGGCAACGACCAAGGCAACAAAUCGGCCUGGGGCGACCAAGGCAACAGGUCCUCGUACGGCGGCGGAAGCACGUGGGGCGGUCGUUGA